AUGGACUCUUCGCAAAUGAAGACUAAUUAUAAACAAUUGUUUGAAUCGAUUAAGAGGUGCUCAGACCAUGACUUGAAUCACGUGUCGUAUUACCCGAGUGUCACCACAAUCCUCAGCUCAACGAUGUCCGUCCAAUCAGUCGUCGCUUUGGAUAAGUGGAAGAAAUUGAAAACCAGUCAAUUGGGGGAAAAGGGCUUCAGAGACUACCAGAAGAAUAUACUGAGUCGCGGAAAACUACUUCAUCUCAAUAUCAAGAACUUCUUGCAAACCAAAGACGAGUCGUGUCUCACAUUAAACGAGAACAUCGAGAAGUUGUGGCAAAGUUUGUCUCACGCCUUACCAGACAUUCGUGACGUCCAGUUAUGCGAGACUCCAGUCGCUCAUCCAUUCCUCUGCUAUAAAGGUAUAGUCGAUUGUGUGGCCUAUUAUUCGGGAAAACUAGUGAUCGUUGAAUGGAAGACAUCUGAGAAAUUGAAACCAACUCUGAAAGACAUUUAUGACAAUCCGCUACAAGCGGUGGCAUAUAUGGGUGCCAUUAACUUCGAGACCGACCACCACCUGCCCAUCAAAGAAGUGGUUCUCGUCUAUGCCUAUGAAGACGGAAGUAAGUGUCAAAUCCAUCACUUAAAUGGUGACCAAUGCUUGAAAUAUUGGGGCCAAUGGUUAGCGCGAGUGAAAGCCUAUUGGGAUUUGAUUGCCUUUAAACAGACCAUUAAUUAA